GUCAAGACAUUAGUCGCCCUGAGUGUUGAAGACGCGUACACGUUUCUAGUUCUUUACAGAUUAGAGAAUUGUCUGGUAGAAACAUAUCGUAGGGACAGGUUUAAUUAUCAUUACCACACAUCAGUACAGAGACAGUGAAUACAAGGCUCACUGUGUGAUCGGUGCCGAGGUUUGUGGGUGUACGACGCCUUUGGUGUAUUUCUAACAUUGUGGAGAACACGGCCCUCCUACAGGCUACCAGGAACAUUAUUAGCCUUCUCAUCAUUACGGCUAGAAAUUAAAAAAUAACUACCAGGAGUGUGGAACUAUUCGAGGAGAUUUGACCAUACCUGUGCUAAAAUAUCUUCUGUCCAUCUUUCGGAACACGCUCCACAUGAACAUUUGGAUAUCUGUUAUAGGCUCUGAAGGAUUUCUGAAGGAACAGCAGUGUCAUCUUUCUGUUGUGGGCGUCUUCAAAGGAAGGUAUAACUCUAAAGUAAUCCCACAAACUUCAUUUUCUAACGGUUAUCAACCUUGCCGUGUCCAAAUUGUAAUAACACACAAGAUAUAAACUGUUGAAUCCGUCUCUAUCUAGAUUGACACCGUGAUAACUAGGAGAUGAAGUAUGUGAUAAAGACAAGUUUCAUGUUUUGAGAAUUACCCCAUGUAGAGAAUUGGUUUGAGUUGCUGGUCAACAAUCCAAGAUUCCUGUACAGAAGAACUGUAGAAGUGUUGUACUAUAAUGACCUUGGUUUUGAAGAACAUGCAGUGUGACAGAAAUUCAAAUAAUUUGUUAAGUUUAGGUCCAAUCCAAGAUGAAAGAUGAGGAAAAAAAGAUGUAUUUAUCGUUAAAACCAUAAUUCCACAGGUGGUUUAUAGAAAUACACACGCUACUCUCCUACAGGAAACAUCAUCAGUGAAGAAGCAGACGGACAGAUACAGCGGACAGAUAUAGCCAAAUGGGAGGAUAAUUAGCUGUUCUUGGGCAGAUGUGUGGAGGGAUCUCCCUAAAUCUGUUUAUUUUGGAGACUUUUUCAGAAUGGACCCACCUCCGAGCCUGCAGACCUGGACUGUACAUGUUUAUAAGGAUUCUACAGCACUGUAGUACAUCAACAUAAGGCGUUUAAAACCACGGUCAGUUCUGUGGCCAUUAUACCUGUAAAUUACAGAUCUGGAUUAUAGAUUCAGGCUACCUUUGUACCAAGAUAUCUUAUACAGCUGGUCUUUGUACAUCCCUGGUCAUACAGAUUCUCCCCAACUGACCAGUUGUAAGAGUCUGUUGGUUAUAAAGCUUGACCACUACCUGUAAACGUUUUGGUCUUGAAUCUUGACCAGUACCUGUGGGACUCUUCAUUAAGAGCUUGACCAAUCAGUUGGUCAAUUAGAGUUCCUAUGUAAAAGAUGUGACCAUGGAUAUGAUUGAAGCUAACCUGAUAGAAAUGUCUUAAUAUCUUUGUGACAAAUGUAUAUGCACAAUUCCCCAAAAGAUUGUACGAAGAAGUUUGUUAACUUUUCGACGGGAUCACCUUUGCUUCUAUCCCGUGGAUUACUAUAUAAUGACAUGAGAUAGAUUGUGGAUUACUCUGUGUGUGGAUUUCUGUGGAACAAACUGACAAUGGACAGCCAGAAGUUCCAGGUGACUGCUCAGGCAGAAAUGUCGCCCAGUCCCGUCCUGCCUGUCAAAAGUUGUAUGGUGUGCCUUGGGAGGUCCAACUAUUUCCGGUUCAACCACCCAAAGGAGGCCAAGAAGAUUAAAGAUGCUCUCCCCAACUGUCGGAUAUCAUGUGCCCCUCUGCACUUCUUACAAGACCUGGAGGACAAUCCGGAAUACAUGCAGAUGAUGUCCAAUGCGGCCAGCAAUCUCCAGCGCCGGUCAUCAUCAGGCUCUGACCGGUCCUAUCCUAUCGGACCUACGGAAAGGGGUCAGUCUCUUCGGUCGGUCAGUCGGUCACCCAAAGACUCCAUUUCUGAAAGUAAUGAGCAGGAUGAUUUUAUGAACAAAGUCUGCAAAUUUGAAUUAAUAUCGCGUGGGAAGAACUCCCCCACUGCCAAGUCACCCACCAAUAAAUUUUUCUCGCCAGAACACGAACGAUACGAUCCGUCUCUUUAUUCUCAACAGAGUAUUUCGUCAUCCACGACCAGAUCUCCACUGGCUAGGCAGUAUAUACCAGAACCGGGAAAGACGGCGAAUACGCCUACUUAUCCUGCAAAGUCAAUGGAACGUCAGAAAUCUCGACCAGGACAGAGUCCAGGGACAUACUCCGGAGAGAAGGUGUUUAGUAAAGAGACCGCUACAACACGUGUGUCACUCAGUGUCUUACGGGGAAAUACAGGAACAGGAAACAACGAACGUGUUGUCAGUACAGGAAGUAACAGUUCCGGCUCACUGACCAGCGUCAGUAGUGUUAGUGGUGGUGCUACUUUAAGUUGGAACUCAAAUUCUGACUCGUCAAAAUCUGACGAAUCUUUGUCCAGUAGCAAGACACUACACACUUCAUCAUCCGGUAGUACAACUCCCCGAACUGACCAAUCAGUGACCAGGAUGCGAACACCUGAUUUAGCUAGCACUAAGGUUGUCAUGGCGACAACUGCAGAGUCUCUAGCAGAAAGCAUUAUGAAUGGUGAUCUCCUUUCAUCUAUUAGUCCAACGAAGAAGCCAGAGUUUGACCCUGGCAGUGAAAGUAAUCGGAACACAUUUGAUGGAAUGGACUUUGAUUUUAAUGAACUGACUUCAAGUCAACAAGACUUGUCCAUCAAACACCAGGAAAUGGUCUCCGAGCGGAAAAAGGAACAGGAAAUGGAACGUCUGGAAAAACAACGAUUAGAGGAAAUAUUAAAUAUGUGUGCAGAGUAUGAGAAACAAAUUGAAGAUGAAAAAGGUAGUGAAAAAAGUUCUGUUUCUAGUGUGCUUGGUCAAACGAAACCUCCCCUGCUGAAACCCUGGUCCAUGCAGGAGUUUUUGGAAAACAACAACAAAUCAGUGGAAUCUGUUGAGGAUAGGGAUGGAAGCUUGACGCCCACCUCACCGUCAAACCUACCAGGGCAGACCACUCCAACAGCAAAUGGAACAUUCAGCUACAAAUCGCCUCCAAAUUUCCUGGGGUCAAACAACAGCCCCUCUGUCUAUCAGGGACAGAUAUCUCAAUCACCAGGACUAAACGUAGAAUAUGGGUCGUAUGAGAAUAUGGUAGUUAGCUCUCCUGACAACCGUAGGGAUGGAUCGCCAGCCAUGCAGAGUCCAUCCUACUUACAAAGACCAAGUCUACCGCCCAUGGCAGAAUAUGAAGGUCAAAAAAUCAGAGGUCAGGGUUCACCAAGGCAACAGGAAGUAAGAGUCAAUGGGUUCUCACAAAAUCAAAAUAUGCAAAAUUUACAUCCUGAUGUUAGAGAAUUUAUCACUUCUUCGCCCAAAACUAUCUUGGACGAAACAAAACCUUCUUCAUCAAGUCCAAAAUAUGUUGCAGAGGAAAACAAAAUAAUUUCACCUUCCCACAAGUUAAUGGUAGACAAACAACAGGGGGUAAUCAGGUCUCCUAAAUCAAGUGAAAACAGUGGGGAGUUUAUAUACUCUUUAGCCAAGUCCGUCUCCGUAACUGAUCACAUGGGCGCCAACAUGGCGGGCGGUGGACAGCAGUCUAAAUCUACCAAAAACUCACAGAACAAUACCACACAGGAGAUGAACUGGCAGUAUUCUAACUCACCUGCUAAUUCUCAACGCCAAAUUAUAGAACCACCGGCGGGAUUUGAGGAUGCCCUACCGGCUGGUUCCAGGGAGGGUAAGCAAAAAGACUCCACCCCUGAAAUCCACCAGUUAAUUUCUGAAUCAGCUGCAACCUUAAAUCGCAAGGAGAGAGAACAACAGAUAGUUCAAGCUUCUCAGAAACCCGGACUGUUACAACAAAAUCAGGAUGACGUUGAACGUAGACCUGUACAGCGACCAAACCAAUUAUUGAACUUGAACGACCAGGAUGGAACUAGUUCACUUGACAGAAAAGACAAGUCUGAGUUCCGUAGCUCAAUGUCAAAGAUCAAAACCAAUGGUUCACUCACAAUGUUGUCAUCGCCAAACAAUCCCCACAAGGACAUGGUGGGAUUUCAAGUCCGGCGAUGUAACUCCAAUUCUUCAAACUCUGAGGAAGAAUCGUCCGGUGGGAACUCUGAGGACACGGGAACGAUAAAACGCCGCCCCAUCAUAGGUGGGGAGCCACUGAGAAGGAGUUUCAUUGAAGAGAGAAAUCGCAAUAAAAUUUCUCCUGAGGAGCCUCUCAAAAGUCCACAUUUCUCUCCGAUCAUGGGCAGCAGGAGCCCGAAGAUUGGACGCAGGAUGAUGCGGUAUGAAGAUCUACAAAAUCAAAGUGUGAAAGUGUCGAGCAGUGAAAGUCUGUCUUCCUCUAGUAAAAAAUCAGACGACAACUCCAGUGUUAAAAGUCGUAAAUCAAACAGCAAAGAAAACGUGUCUUCCAAGUUGGAUGUUGUUCACACACAAAAGUCUGGCCAAGAGGAUGUGUCUGUUAACAGCCUAAAUAACCAUGUGUCUCUCAACCAAUCUAUAGAUUCGGCAGAAGUAGAAAAAUCUGUCCGAAUGGAACGGUGUGAAAUGUAUCUUCGCACUUCAGGAGGUCAAGGUCAUUUGUCGGAUCAUUCUAAUGAAUACACUAGUAAUAUCCCUGGGCCUGGCCCGUUCCCUAGGGAUAUAGGGGAGGGGGUUUACGAAAAUGUGCCAUUUUAUCGUAACAAGGAGUCUGGGAUUAUAACCCCGGAUUAUACUUCAUCUGUGUCUUCCAAAAGGAUUAAUACUACUAGUGAUACUUAUCACUCUAAAGUGAGUUCCAUUGAUUCUAAUGUCGUGUCUUCCAUUCGGAACUCCUCGGGAUCUAAUAGCAGCAGUAAAAAAUCGGAUGAAACUCCCGUAAACAGUGAUACGGAGCAUAUACUAACGCAGGCCCACGACCGGGCAUCCUCCAGUGGGGUGGAGUCAUCUAGUGAAUGUAGCUUCAACUUUACAGAGGAUGGUGAUGCUCACCAACAACUAGAAAACCUUAAGAAGACAAAAUCAGAGCUGCUCAAGAAAAUCACCGACCUCAAACAGCAGAUAGUGGAGAUAGAGAACCAGGAGAAUGAGGCCAUCAGAGAGUUGGAGAUGGAGCGGGCCUUGUUGGAAGGGGAACACCAGACAGAGAUGGAUGAGUUACAAUCCGACCAGGACAGAAUCAAUCUCCUCAAACAACGACAGGCCGACCUCAUUGAGCGCGCCACACAGGAACGAGAAAAGAUGAGAAUACAGGAGGAGAAUCGUAUACAGAGUGAGCGCGAGAAGCUGAUGGAACUAGAACGUCAUCACUACGACACUGAACAGAUCCUAGAAAACUGUCGCAAGGAGGAGGAAGAGGUCUACCUCGAACGUUUCCAGCGCGAGCAGGAGGUCCUGGACAACCAGAGACGUCUCUUUGAUGACCUUGAGUUUCAGCAGCUGGAGUCCGAGGCAAAGUUUGAGGAGGAAAAGGAGCAAAUACAACGUAAAUUGAUGAAAGGCCAGAAUGAACUUCUGGAGAAGUACAGGUCAAGGGAGGGACGCCUCCAGCAAAUAGACAACCAGCAGAAGGAGAUGCUAAACAACGUGAAGCAGGACAUGGAGUCGAUGGAACAGCGACGACAGCAGCUGGUCGAGGAGUUCAGAAAGCACAAGAAACAGUUAGCUGGAGUGAUGAAGAAAAUUCAGGAAAUAUCACAAUUCUUGUCUGUUCCCGUAAACGAUGAAAUAUUAGAUCAGCGAGGACGAUCGUCGGAUAAUGAGACGGAGGACAAACAAGAUUUGAGGAGUUCCAGUCAGGGUUCACUACCAAAGACACCCACUCAUCACUCAGUUGACUUAUCUCCCCUGUUGACAUCAACACCUCACAGCUUAUCUCCCUUUCCGAACUCUUUGUCACACUUACAAAUCACGCCAAAUAAUAAUAAUGUGACUAACUACAGCUCAGGGUCAUCCCCUACGGGGCUCACACCUGGGUCCAACACGGGGUCCCCAAAGGGAUUCCUGCUGUCUAAUAGUGCGUACUCAGGUGAGCGGAAAAAAUCUACCACACUUCUGGACAUAGAGAAAAACCGCUGUCUAUUUAUGGAACAGCAAGGCAGCACUGUGAUUGAGCAAGAGAAGAAGAGGAUUGAGGAGCUGAAACGUCGGGCUGCUGAUGAGGGAAGAGCUCAGUGGGAGGAGCGCAAACUCAGGGAGGCAAACUGUAAAAGUUUCAACUCAUUGGAGUCUGAGGACUCCAGCAUUGCCAGCAGCUGUGAAACACCCUCAGAGAAAGAAACAAGCCUCAGCAGCGGUGAUGACCAGAUGGAGAAGCUGGUUGAGCUGGAACGACUCCUUGCUCAGGCACAGAAGGACAAGAUGAAACUCAUUGAAGACAAGGUAAAGAUGAAGGAAGAUGAGAUGGCUGCCCUCCAGGAGGAACGAUACAAACGCGAGGAGCUAGAGAAAAAACUCCAGGAGGAGACAAGUCUACGUGAAGAACUGGUACAACAGCAGGUCAAGAUGAGAGAGAGACAAGUAAAACAGGCACGACCCCUCACCCGUUACCUUCCUGUCAGGGAAAAAGAGUUUGACCUAAAGCAGCAUAUAGAAACAGCUGGUCAUCACCUUGACAACUGCCCACAAAUCACAGUUACACCAACAAGUUGUCGGGGAUUCUUACACAAAAUGGGAAACAAGUUUAAAACGUGGCACAAACGCUGGUUCGUAUUUGACCGUGUCAAAAGAUCACUCAUUUAUUACACUGAUAAGAGUGAAACGAAGGCACGAGGAGGGAUCUACUUCCAGGCUAUCGAGGAAGUUUAUGUGGACCAUUUACGCACAGUAAAAAGUCCCAACCCAAAACUGACAUUCUGUGUGAAAACAUACGACCGGACUUAUUAUAUGGUGGCGCCGUCAGCCGAAACAAUGCGCAUCUGGAUUGAUGUCAUAUUUACAGGUGCCGAAGGAUAUCAACAGUUCAUGUCGUGAGAAAGAGUGAGGAAGUAAGGGGAGGUAACUCUGAAUUACAACAGAAGAGCGGGUUAUUCGUGUACAUGUGUUUCCUUGACGGAGGUGAUUAGUAUGGUAUUUUCGUAAGAUGACAUGUACAGAAUGGUCACGAGAGUGAAUCAAAGCCAUUAUGUACAACAAUAUAGUGACAAAGGUGAAUAUGUUCUGUUAUGGUUUUCAAAUCAUUUAUAUCUACAAUAUUGUCCACUAUCCACUAUUACGGAUAGCUAUUCAAGCCAAAGAGUGAAGUCAAGGGAGGUAACUCCAUGGUUUCCUACUAUAUCUGCUGACAUUAAAGUAUACUUUAUUACACACUGGUGUGAUUGUAGGGUAUACAAUGUAUCACAGAUCUUCGUUUAAUUUGUUUUUAUGAAGAAUUUUGAGUUAUUGAGUGAUUUUGGUGUCCUGAUUUAUAGUAGAGUACACAGUUGAUGGAGUGUGUAAGUUGUACACAAAUGUUGACGUACACAAGUAUUUCUCCUUAAUAUUUAAUAUGUAGCAGCAACCAGGGUUUUACUCAUUAAUUGAACAAAACUGGUUUAAGUUUGGCUUUUGUUAAUAAGUGACUUAAUUCAUCACUCUCUUGGUGUUCUUAUUUAACGACGACUUAAUCCAUUACUCUCUUGGUGUUCUUAUUUAACGACCAAAGCAAAAAUUUAGGAACAGAAAUCAUUUUUGUUACGGAAAUUAGUUACAUUUAUAUCAUCAAUACCAGAUUUUAUCUCAAUACAAUAAUUAUUUAAUUUUUAAAAUAUGUUUUAAGUUAAAUAUCAGCAUUAAUGUGCUUGUGAGUAUCUAUUCAUGUUCGUUACUUGAAUGUUUAUGUUUUCUAGAAAUUCGUGUCAAAUUUAUACGGGAUUACAAAUCAACAUUUUGUGUGUUUGGUUUUUAUCUAAAAAAAAAUGUAGAGAUGUAUUUCUGAAUUGUUUUAACUUAAUUCUCACAAACAGUUGAACAUGUGAUAGGAACGUUUGUGACUUUUCGUAUACAUCCAGUGUCGUGUUCAUGUAUGUGUAGCAAUAGACGACACGCGAAGUAAGACGACACACAUAGUAAGACGACACGCGUAGUAAGACGACACACGUAGUAAGACGACACACAUAGUAAGACGAUAUACGUAGUAAGACGACACACAUAGUAAGAUGACACGCGUAGUAAGA